UCAGGGGUUACGGAGCGGCCAAUGAGGGCGGCGGUCCCAGCCUCGGCGGGACUUCCCCCGGAGCCGCUGGGCUGGUGGCGUCCGCCCGCCCGACCCCUCGGGUAGAUCCGCUUUGAACCUUUUGGCGCCCCGCAGAGACCGCUGAUUAGACUCGUACCCCGGGGUUUGGGGGCCUGGAGAUGCCGCUUGCUCCUUAGCGGCCCGCAGGGCGGGCCGUGAGGAGGCGGAGCCGCGAGCCCGCCAGUCAGCCCAGGCCUCCGCAGACUGGGUCUCUGCGCUCCGCCCGCUCGCCUCCGCACGCCCCAACCCCGGCGAGCCUCGCCUCCUCGGAGGCGGCGGCUUCCGCCCCCUGGUAGCGGCGCUCCCGGAGGAAACGGAAGAAGGCGCAAGCCAAGCCAUGGAGGGGAACCGGGAUGAGGCAGAGAAAUGUGUCGAGAUCGCCAGGGAGGCCCUGAACGCCGGUGACCGCGAGAAGGCCCAGCGUUUCCUGCAGAAGGCCGAGAAGCUCUACCCACUGCCCUCGGCCCGCGCACUAUUGGAAAUAAUUAUGAAAAAUGGAAGCACGGCUGGAAAUAGCCCUCAUUGCCGAAAACCAUCAGGUAAUGCUGACCAAAGGAAGCCUAACUGCACAAAGGACACCUCAGCUGGCAGUGGUGAUGGUGGAAAAGGAUACACCAAAGAUCAAGUAGAUGGAGUUCUCAGCAUAAGCAAAUGUAAAAAUUACUAUGAAGUACUUGGAGUUACCAAAGAUGCUGGUGAUGAAGAUUUGAAAAAAGCUUAUAGAAAGCUUGCUUUGAAGUUUCAUCCAGACAAAAACCAUGCACCUGGAGCAACAGAUGCUUUUAAAAAGAUUGGAAAUGCUUAUGCUAUUUUAAGCAAUCCAGAAAAACGAAAACAAUAUGACCUCACAGGCAAUGAAGAACAAGCAUGUAAUCACCAAAACAAUGGUAGAUUUAAUUUCCAUAGAGGUUGUGAAGCUGAUAUAACUCCAGAAGACUUGUUUAAUAUAUUUUUCGGUGGUGGAUUUCCUUCAGGUAGCGUACAUUCGUUUUCAAAUGGGCGAGCUGGUUAUAGCCAACAGCAUCAGCAUCGACAUAGUGGACAUGAAAGAGAAGAGGAAAGAGGAGAUGGAGGUUUUUCUGUGUUUAUUCAGCUGAUGCCGAUUAUUGUAUUGAUCCUCGUGUCAUUACUAAGUCAAUUGAUGGUCUCUAAUCCUCCUUAUUCCUUACAUCCCAGAUCUGGAUCAGGACAAACUAUUAAAAUGCAGACAGAAAACUUGGGUGUUGUUUAUUAUGUCAACAAGGACUUUAAAAAUGAAUAUAAAGGAAUGUUAUUACAAAAGGUUGAAAAAAGUGUGGAAGAAGAUUAUGUGACUAAUAUUCGAAAUAAUUGCUGGAAAGAAAGACAACAGAAAACAGAUAUGCAAUACGCAGCAAAAGUGUACCGAGAUGAGCGACUUCGAAGAAAGGCAGAAGCCUUGAGCAUGGAUAACUGUAAAGAAUUGGAGCGGCUAACCAGUCUUUAUAAAGGAGGAUGAACUGUAAUUUUAUUUAUAUCUUUUAGCAUACUAUUUAUUUUUUCUGUGAAUUUAGUUUCAUCAUGAGAGCUAAAGAAGAUUUGUUAGUAAAAACUAAACUAAAUUAGUUGGUCCCUGAAAUCUUGGACUGUUUAUAACCUACUGACUCCUUUAAAUAAUAAGAAACUAAAAACUAAAAUAUUUUAGUUAUGCUUCUGUAAGCUUAUCUGAUUACUAAGUAAAAAGGUCUAAAGAAAGGAUUGUCACACCUGUAGCAGUUUCCAAUUUUAGUGAUUCUCCAUUUUUUCCCUUAUGUAAAUAUUUAUGGAAUGAUCAUUUUGUGUGUAUAUACAGGUUAUUGCCUUUUUUUAAAUGUGAAUUCUUUUAGUGUUUAGCUCUAUGAGACACUUCAGUUUAAACUGAUGGAAUAAAUGUUCUAUGAGAAAAUUACAUGUUCCUUGUCAGAUGUCAAAUGUGUGGAGUUUAAAUAAUGAAACUUUUCCAAAAGAAAAAACAAAAGCUGUUUAACUUUGUGUGAAAUCUUAUAGCAUUAUUACCUAUUUUAAUAUUGCCAUUAUAUUUAAAAAUAUAUAUUGAGAGAAAUGAACUGGUGUAGAGUAUCAGUUUGCUACUUAUUUAGUUUUAUUCAUUGCAAAGCCAUGCAUAGAAUGAAAUGCUAUACUGAUAGAUUUUAAAGAAAAUAUGAGGAAAUGGCUAUAUAGAUACUAAACAUAAAGGGUCUUUAACAGUAAGUGGCAGUUUGUCAUUUGCAAUUUCAAUUAUUAAAAUACCCCCAAAUGUUCAUAUAAAGGGGAGGACAAAAAAGUAGGUUUAUAGUUGUAGUACAAAUAAGUAAUACAGUAAUUAGUGGAUAAUGAUUCAAGAA